UCAGCCACAGUCAGUUCGGGUAAUAGCCCUGGUGAGAUCCUCUGAUCAAUCCCAGAAGCAUCAGAGUAGUGUGAGACUUGUCCAGCCAAGAGAGGAGCCCAGGAUGUUCCUGAAGGCGGUGGUCCUGACCCUGGCCCUGGUGGCUUUCACCGGUGCCCGGGCUGAGGUCAGUGCCGACCAGGUGGCCACGGUGGUGUGGGACUACUUCAGCAAGCUGAGCAGCAAUGCCAAGGAGGCGGUGGAGCAUCUCCAGAAGUCUGAACUCACCCAGCAGCUGAAUGCCCUCUUCCAGGACAAAAUUGGCGAGGUGAACACCUACGCCGACGACCUGCAGAAGAAGCUGGUGCCCUUCGCCACGCAGCUGCAUGAGCGCCUCACCAAGGAUUCUGAGAAGGUCAAGGAGCAGAUUCGCAAGGAGCUGGAAGACCUGCGGGCCCAGCUGCUGCCCCACGCCCAGGAGGUGAGCCAAAAGAUUGGAGACAACGUGCUUCAGCUGCAGCAGCGCUUCCAGCCCUUGGCGGAGGAGCUGCGCACCCAGGUGACGGCGCAGACCGAGCAGCUGCGGCGCCAGGUGGCCUCGUACACGCAGCGCAUGGACGCCGUGCUGCGGGAGAACGUGGAAAACAUACAGGCCUCGCUGGCCCCUUACGCCGACGAUCUCAAGACCAAGAUAGGCCAGAACAUGGACACGCUCAAGGGCAGCCUCACCCCCUACAGCGACGAGCUCAAGACCAAGAUCGACCAGAACGUGGAGGAGCUGCGCCGCAGCCUGGCCCCGCUGGCGCAGGACGUGCAGGACAAGCUCAACCACCAGCUCGAGGGCCUCUCCUUCCAGAUGAAGAAGAAUGUGGACCAGCUCAAGGCCCAGCUCUCCAGCAAUGCCGAGGAGCUGCGGCAGAAGCUGGAGCCCCUGGCCGAGAGCGUGCGCGGCAAGCUGAGUGGCAACAACGAGGAACUGCACAGGUCUCUGGCCGAGCUGAGCAUCCAGGUGGACCGGCAGGUGGAAGAGUUCCGCCGCAGGGUGGCCCCUUACGGGGACGCUUUCAACAAGGUCUUGGUGCAGCAGAUGGAGGAGCUCAGGCAGAAGCUGGGUCCCUAUUCGGGGGACGUGGAAGGCCACUUGAGUUUCCUGGAGAAGGACCUGAGGGACAAGGUCAACUCCUUCUUCAGCACCCUCAAGGAGAAAGAGAGCGGGGACAAGCCCUUGGCCCUCCCCGAGCAGGCACAGACUCCAGCCCCCCUCGAGAGCUAAGCUGCCCCUGGUGUCCACUCCCUCCCUUGGGCACCUGUCCUGCCCGGCCACCAGUCUGUCUGUCUGUCCCAAAGCAGGUCUGGUAUGAGCUUGAGGACACAUGCCCAGUGGAAGGUGACGAUACCACCUUUUCCUACUCAAUAAAGCUGUUGACAAACUGA